AAUUAUGUCGUAUUUUACUUAAACAAAAAGAAACGAGCAGAAUGUGACGUAGAAGUUUUGAGCAGCAGCUCGUGUAACUCCUGAUUAAUGACGUCAGGUGUAAAUCCAUCUCGACGGAUGUUGACUCUUCUCAGGAGGGACGGAGCUGCUAACGUCAAGCAACUUCACGCAGCGGGCUGGCGUCUCAUCUACAACCAGGGUGUGGCAGAUCUCAGGCUUCUCUGGAGGAAUCCUUAAUUUCAGUCACAUCAGGGGGGAAGGUCAACCUGUCGAGUUGUGAGUGGCGCUUACGUGUCCGACCCGUUUGCUAGUUCAGACAUCCGGCCAGUAUGUCCAGCGAUCCUCCCCCUCCGUACCCCGGAGGUCCCAGUGCGCCCCUCAUCCAGGAGAAAAAUGGACAACCUGAAGCGGUAAGGACUGCUCCUCCACAGGGACAACCCCUACCUCCAGACUAUGGUCCACCACCCUAUGAGGCCCCACAGCCAGGCUUCCUACCACCACAUGUCCCUGGGGAAGGGCCCAUGCCAAUGCCCAUGCCUAUGCCUCCACCACCACAAGGUGGCCACUACCCACCACCACCACCUGGUCACUUUCCUCAACCGAUGCCAGGACAGAUGGGCCCAGGUCCUGGCCACUUUGUCCACAUGGGAGGUCACACAGCGACCGUCCUGGCUCCUCCAGGAGCAGCCACCACUGUGACCGUUCUGCAGGGUGAAAUGUUUCAGACUUCACCAGUGCAGACUGUGUGUCCGCACUGUCAGCAGGCUAUCGUCACCCGCAUCUCCCACGACAUCGGCCUCAUGAACACACUCUUCUGCCUCUUCUGCUUCUUUGUAGGCUGUGAUCUCGGCUGCUGCUUGAUUCCCUGUAUGAUUGACGACCUCAAGGAUGUGACACACACCUGCCCUUACUGUAAGGGCUACAUUUAUACAUACAAGCGUAUAUGCUAACCACGGACAGCUGGAUGCCACAGAGACAAGUACAUGCACACACAUAAACCCACAGUGCCCCCUGCUGGUAGUGACAGGCUUCUCCCCUCCGCACCCCUCUACAUUUUUGCAAAGUGUUGUGUAGCCCUCUUAAAUUGUAAGUGAAGUUUUCUCAUUAGUUCACAGCAUAUUUCCUGUAUAUACGGUUCAGCAUACUUCUCUCAUGCAUUUGAAAUGUACAGUUCUCUGACUUAAGCGCAGUAGGUGAAGGCGCCCCACAGAGGCACACAGGUAAAUUUGUGAUGUUUCGCAUGCGGGAAAAAAAAAUGAAAAAAACAAAACACAAAACUGCCUCUGUUAGAGAACGCUGUGAAAAUGUCACUUUAUUUGAAUUCAUCUGUGAAUUUUGCUCUAUAGCAAGUGUAUUCAGACAUGGGUUAAUUUUUAUCUUUGAUUUCAGAUAUUUAAUUCAUUAUUUUAACCCUUGUAUGGUGUUCGGGUCUGUGAGACCCGUUUUCAGUUUUUUUCAAAAGAAAAAUUAAACAAUUAAUAAUUUAUUCAACCUGAAAUUCAUUGGCUUUGGCUCAUUUUCUGUGAAGAACAUAAAUCCAAACAAAUUUUCAAUGACCGCAUACUGUACCUCUCCCCACGCAUUUACAUUACAUACAAGGUGUUCGGGUCAAUUGGACCCAGGUCUAAUAAAAGUAUUGAAAGUGUA